CAGCAUUUGCGCGCAAUUUCGCCACAUUUGAGCGGCUCCAUCGUCGAAUUCAACAUGACCAAGCUCAAUGCAUUCGACGUCCUAAUGAACCGACGGAUGUCAGAAGCCUCCGUUAUGACGACGCGUCUUGGUGCAUCAAAGCUCUCCCGCAAAAGAAGUAACGAUGCGGAUGCUCUGGAGACAAGGGUGGACGCGGACCUACCAAGGAAAAAGCCCAAGCAUCAUCAACAGCUCUUUCUGGACUUGGGGCAAAAGGACGUUGGUGACCGCACGUGCUCUGCAUGUGGGUUUCUUUAUAUGCACGGGGUUGAGUCUGACGACAAAGCUCACGCUCAGUUCUGCAAGAAGGUGGGCCAAGGGAUUUUGAUAUCGGGGUGGCGGUCAGAGCGUGUGCAUCGGACUCUGGAAUCAAAAUCGGCACGAAUAAUUGAAAUACGAGGCGAAGACGCGCCCGCACACGUUAAGAAGUUGCUGCAGAUCAAGGCUUUGCUGGACGAUGCACUUGGACUCGUCGACGAAGCUGUGUUCUUGAAGCAAAAGCAUUUCUUGUACUUGCACCUGAACCGCGUCGUGGGUGUCGUAUCCGUUGAAGAUGUUGCAACAGCACACGAAUUAACAUCCACAUCGGACGUUGUGACCAUCGACCGAUUUGCACAAGUUCACCAGGUCAUGGUUGGCGUGAGCCACAUUUGGGUACAUCCCUCUCAUCGCCGCCAAAGGAUCGCACAGACGUUGGUGGACGUGAUGCGACAGACUCUAAGCUACGGCAUGACGAUUCCAAAGACCAAAGUCGCGUUCUCCCAGCCCACGAGAGACGGCGUGCAGUUUGCCAAGCAGUAUUGCGCACCGCAUAACGUGUUGAUUUAUACUGGCUGAAACGUAUUCUAUCUUAAGGGAUUUGCCGCUUCUUCUUGCACUCUGCCAAGUACGCGUCAAAGUUAAAGUCGUGCGGCUUCAAGUUGAACGCCUCCACGGUCUUGAACAGGUCGUCGUCUACGUACCGAGCGAGGAGCGCGGUCAGCAACUCGGACGCUUCUGGCUUGUCGAGGACGUUGGCGACAUCUCCACGCACCAAUGCGAGCUCCUUUGACGACACAAGGUCGUCAUAAAUCGACACAGUGAGGCAGGGCGGGGCUUGAGAUGGGUUUUCUCGGUAGGCGUCCAACGUCGUGAGGAGAAAGCACUUGUCUUGGAACUGGGACAACAUCGUGAAGAAGCCUUCUUCCUUCGUUUCCGCAUUGGUGCGGUAUACAGGAAAGACAAAGAACGCACACUUCUUGCCUCGCGCAGUCAACGUGUCGAGUUGGGUCGCCGUCAACGACGUGCCCAACGCGUCGGUCUUGGCGUCAUGGUACUCGCCCCAAAUGCGUCGAAUUGCGUCCGGCGUUUCCUUUUCCAGGUCAUCCAGCUUCACAAGAGACUGAAGCGAUCGCGGCGACGGAAAGUGGAACCCACCACCAGACGAUGUCGACAACGACCGCCGCGUCCACCCAACCUGGAUGCCGCGUGCCACGAACAUGACGAUUUUCCGCACUCCACGAAAUAUACGCAAGCCCAGUUAAGUGCGUCUACUGUUAAUUCCCACCUGGUGCUUUUUGAUGCUCGUGCCAAGUUGGCGGAACUCGAAGGCAUGCUAGUCGUCAAAGUUUGACCAAGCUGCGGCACUACCUCGAGACAUACGACGCAAGUGUCGCUCCACGUACAACAGUACAGUCCAGUCCCGUUGACCUGGCCCCGGCGCAAACAAUUCAUUCGGUGAAGCAGCUUGAGACAGUCAUGGGGCUCAAGUGCGUCCAACCCAGAGUCGAUCUGCUUGGGCACGUCGGUACGGUUCCACCUGAUUCGUUCAAGCGGCAAUCCAUGCAUCACUCCGCCCCUUGUGUUGUCGUCUGUGGGACCGCCUAUCGUAUUGGAUGGGAAUGUCUUUCGUUUGUGCUCAUUGGUCAAGGGCCAGGACAAUGCGAGAAUGACACGUGACAUGGGCAACGCCCGCCACGCUCCAACUCUCCGAUAUACACGUUUCGUACGUGAGGGGGUCGAUUGCGUGUGGCACUAUCGACGACGGUGGUGGGCUCGGA